AAAGGAAAGACAGAAAUCUACAAGCUAUACUACGAGAAAGGACAUAAGCUCCGUGUCUGAUAUGUGAUUGUUUGAAGCCAUGGGUUCAACCAGCAAAAGCUUGCUCUUUCGGUCAAGUUCCCUGACGAUUGGAGAGUCGAUCUGUGCAGCAGCCAUGCUUCCAAUUGUUGCAGUGAUCGAUUUCUUGAUUUUUGCAACGGCAAAUUGUUUUGGGUACAGUCCCCGACCCAAGAAAUUCCUGUGUGGGUCCGCAGAUUUUACUCGGCUCGCCAAUGAAUCCCGAUUUUCGGUGAAUGAAAUAGAGGCAUUGUACGAACUGUUCAAGAAGUUGAGUAGCUCAAUAAUUGACGACGGGUUGAUUCAUAAGGAAGAGCUUCAGUUAGCAUUGUUCCAGGUACCCUACGGCAGCAAUCUUUUUCUUGACAGGGUUUUUGAUCUUUUCGAUGAGAAGAGAAAUGGUGUCAUCGAAUUCGAGGAAUUAGUCCAUGCGUUCAAUGUGUAUCAUCCGGAUGCCCCCGUGGAAGAUAAAAUUGAUUUUGCAUUUAGGUUGUAUGACCUGAGACAAACAGGUUUUAUCGAGCGAGAAGAAGUUAAGCAAAUGGUAAUUGCCAUUUUGAUGGAAUGUGAAACGACAUUGUCGGAUGACCUUCUUGAGGAAAUCAUUGACAAAACAUUUGCUGAUGCCGAUGCCGACAAGGACGGUCGGAUCAACAAAGAAGAAUGGAAAGCAUUUGUGCUUCGUCAUCCCGGCCUCUUGAAGAACAUGACUCUUUCUCAUUUAAAGUGCGUUACAACCUUAUUUCCCAGUUUUGUUUACAACACCGGAGUCGAAGGCUGGUAACACAAAGUGAUGUUAGGCCAAAAUGCUGCAAAGAUUCAAGGGUACAAAACUAUUGAUUUAGUGGAUCAUCCUGGCUUCAAGAAGCUUUGGUUCAUGUGGCCUGCAAGCGCUGUCUGCAUGUGAGGGUAACCAAAUCAUUUUGAUCAAGUCUCUUUCUAUUCUAUCCGGAUCGGGAUUGAGCGAGCUAAGCUUAUUGGAUCAUAUCAAGUAUAUGUCGCAUACAAAAGCUUUUAGAAGCAAUGGAAGUCUGGAGUCUAUAAACUAUGCUCACAAAGUUUUGUACAGUAAAGAUUUGGAUUUGAGUGCAUUUUUUUGGAUGAACUUGUUGUCUAAGAUUAUUCUCCCAACUAUCUUUCUCUCUCUCUCUCAC